AUGUGUUAUCAAAAGCUGCAUUGGCUCAACGUGCACGGACAACGCCUACGACGAGAACGAGAGAGAUCAAAUGAAUGUAUUAACCCAAGACAACCUUCUGUAACACCCAAUUGGCCUGCUCCUACAACCCCAUCUAGAAAUGUUGGUGUGGUCAUCCGUGAUGAGCAUGACCUUAAUGUUAUUCGUGUUCGUGCGGCAAAAGAAAAAGAAAAGGUCAAUCCAAUGUCUAAGGGAAAAGAAAAGGUGACUCUUUCUGGCAAGAGAAUGACAAAUGCAUGUCAAGUGGAUUGGAUCAAAAAAUUUAUGGAGCUUAAAAGGAGAAAUACAACUAGCUUGCUUCGAUGGGGAUGUAAUAAGAUUGUUGUCCAUGUUCCUCAUUGGGGAUGCAUACAAGUUGAUACAAAGACUUUUUCGAAAGUAAUGAGGAGGAAGUUUGGGCAAAUACAUGUUUAAAGACACAUUAUUGACACAUCUUAUGUUAAGAAUACAUAUUCUGGAAAGCUUCGACCCACUUUUUUUUUUUAUAGAGUUUUAACUCACUCUUUUAGCAUAUGAUAAUAUAAUGUUUGUUUUUCUUAUGUAGUUAGAAUUUGAUUGGAAGCAGUAACACUAACUGAUGUGCAUUUUAAUUUUAAUUUUAAUUUCUUUUAAAUUGCAGAGUAUUGGCUGGUGUGCAUUAUUUGAUAUUUAAUUUUUUUUUAUAUUUGAUGUGUUUGAAAUUGUAAAGUGUAGUCUAUUAAAUAGAUUUUUAUAAUUGCAUUUUAAUCUUAAAUUUCAAUAGUGUUGCGAUAACAAUUAUUUAUACCGUGCCUUCAGGC